AGUUACAGGAGAUUAAAGAUCAGAUUUUUUUUUCAAACGUUUGCAUAAUCUUCUUAUAAUAGCAUUAUUUUUAUGAAAGCAAUAACGCAGCCAACAUCGUGUUCUACACUGAUUAAAGAGGGGCGUUGAUGGGUCAGACGUGAAGGGACGGCCCCCAGUCAGACCGCUGCACCAAUCGCCUCCAUCUGACAGGGAUUAAGUGUCACACGGAGCUCCUCUCUCCCACUCUGGACCACAACAUAACUUCUGAGAGGUGGGCAAACGGCACUGGCUUCUCGUUCACAGCAGCAGACGCGAAAAAGACGCGUACCUGGGCCUCAAUGGAGAAAUCCAAAAACUUUCGAAUUGACGCGCUUUUAGCAGUCGAUACACCCAAGGCGCAGACGUCUCCACUUGCGCUGGUGACUUCCCUCUCCGCCUCCUCCUCCAUUCCGUCUUCAGCCCCAGACCUGACCACCAGCGCCGAAUCUUUACGCACCGAGACCCCGUCUCCGCCGAGAAUCUCCAACUGCGGGUUGAUUCACAAACCGGGUUUUCUCAACACUCCGCACAGCAUGGUUGGCUUACAUCCGCAGAGCACUGCAGGGAUCCCCGCACAGGCUCUUUACGGUCAUCCCAUGUACACCUACUCCGCUGCUGCCCUCACAGGACAACACCCUGCCCUGUCCUACUCCUAUCCACACGGCUCCCAUCACCACCACACCAGCGAUCCCAUCAAAUUGACAGCCAGCACGUUCCAGCUGGACCACUGGCUCCGGGUCUCCACAGCCGGAAUGAUGCUGCCCAAAAUGUCGGACUUUAAUUCUCAAGCGCAGUCCAACUUGCUUGGCAAGUGCAGAAGACCAAGAACUGCAUUCACAAGUCAGCAGCUGCUGGAGCUGGAGCAUCAGUUCAAACUGAAUAAGUACCUGUCACGACCGAAGCGCUUUGAAGUGGCUACGUCCCUCAUGCUGACAGAAACUCAGGUCAAAAUUUGGUUCCAGAACAGACGAAUGAAGUGGAAGAGAAGUAAGAAGGCCAAAGAACAGGCCGCCCAAGAGGCCGAGAAGCAAAAAGGCACCAAGGAGAAAUCUGACGGACUUGAACAGUCGGAUUAUCAUAGCAAGACAGGCUCAAAAAAUGGCAGAAUAAGAGACUUCAGGGACAGUGACGACGAGGAAGGCGACGGUUUCCUGUGCAAUUCGUCAGACUGCUCUUCUGAUGACGAGAGGAAUCAUACCAGUGCCAUUAGUCCGCAGCCUUGAGGCCGAUGAAGCAGGGCGAAAGUGGCGAUCUUCAUUUAAAAUGACUGAGGGGAUUUACGCUAUAAAAUACAGAUGCAUGUAAUCCAGCCUCUAAUCACCUACAUGUAAUUACUGAGCAUUUUUAUUGUGAAAAGAAUCAAAUGUAGGUCAAGAAUAAAGGACCCUCAUGUCAUAUUAAACAAACAAUACAAGCAGGAUAAUACGCUUAGGAAUAUCAUUCACUUAGCUAUAAACUGACGCAUUGCAUGGUUUCUACGCAAAACGCUGUACACCAGCUCUGGGCGUUGCAGUCUUUCCUGCGCUGAUGGUUAGUUUAUCGGCAAGAGUCUUACAAAGUAAACACCCUGUCAUUGACCUGUCUUCGCCUUAUUUUGUUCUUUGUGGUGUUAUACUAACGUGUGUAAUAUCACGCUGGAAAAAUGUUUAUUUUUCUAUACUGUAUUUAUAA